CUCAAAGAUAUUUAUAUACCGAAGCCAACGUCAAGAAAGCCCUUAGCUUGCGCCUUAUCUCUCUCACUCUGACAGACACACACACGCACACUGCUCGGCGAUCCAGUCGGAGCGAUGAGCAAGCCACACAGCCACCGGCCACCGUCGGGCCGAACCAACCUGGCCUCGUGCAUAGUGGCCACCAUCUUCCUCAUCUUCGUCGUCAUCAUCGUCCUCAUCGUCUACUUCACCGUCUUCAAGCCCCACGACCCCAAGAUCUCCGUAAACGCCGUCCAGCUCCCGUCAUUCUCCAUCGCCAACGGCACAGCCACCUUCACCUUCUCCCAGUACGCCGCCAUCCGAAACCCCAACCGCGCCGUCUUCUCCCACUACGACAGUACCCUCCAGCUCCUCUACUCCGGCUCCCAAGUCGGCUUCAUGUUCAUCCCCGCCGGCAAGAUCGACCCCGGCCAGACCCAGUACAUGGCCGCGACCUUCUCCGUCCAGUCCUUCCCCUUAACGGCUCCCCAAACCGUCGGAGCCAUGGUACCCCAACAGUCCUUCCCCUCGACGGCCCCCGAAACCAUCGGACCCAUGGGGCCCCAGCUCGCCGGCGGCGGGUUCCGAGUCGGCCCGACAAUGGAGAUCGAGUCGAGGAUGGAGCUGGCCGGUCGGGUUCGGGUCCUGCACUUCUUCACUCACCACGUGGAGUCUCGUGCCGGCUGUAAGGUUGUCAUUGCGGUGAGUGAUGGCUCUGUGUUAGGAUUCCACUGCUAAUUCUUUGUUUUCUUUUUUUCUUUU